CACUUCAAAAAUGAAUGAUUCACUUAAAAAUGACAUUAACUACAACACUGCCCAGUCGAUUACAUCUUUUCUAACAGAAUUACAAACAACUAUAGACAAUUUCCACAAAAAAUUCGAUCGUGCAUAUGAAAAAUAUUUAGAUGCUUUCAAGAACACAAAUGACGAUAAAAAUUCAACGGUUUCUCAGAAGAACAUUCCAGUCUUCAAGUCUUUUAAUAAAGUUACUAAAAUAUAUGAACAUGUGUCGAAAACACUAGAAAAUUUUAUGUCAGCAUUUUUGUACGAUUAUGCGGAUAUUUUGAAUUUGGCGCUUAAAAUAAAUGAAUUGAAAAAAAAAUAUGAUGUAUUAUCUGAUGAAUAUAAAUAUAAUGCUAAUUAUCUAAACGUAUCUGAAAUGUAUAAAUUAAAUAAAAAAUUAAAUCAUAUGGUACAAGAGCAUAAUGAUUUAGUGGUUACUUUUCAAUCACGUAAUGCGCAAUUAGACAUUUUGAAAAAUGGUUUAAUGAAGGGUACGCUCAUUUACACGUCACCGAAGUCGGGAAAAAAAUUGACUUUGUCUCUGAAUAGUGAAUUGGCUGACUUUAAUUAUCAUAUGGAAUUAAGUUCAAGUAAUAAUUAUUCUGAAAUAAGUAAUGAGUAUACCAGAAAAUUUGAAGAUCGUCUUAAGCAAUUAGCUAAUGGAUUAAUAUUACUUCCUAUAAGUCCAUUAAAUAAUGAAAUAAAUUUUAAUGAUAAAAAUAAUGAUGAUAAUCAAAAUAUUAAAGCAACUGGUGAAAAACGUAAUUUCGAGAAGGAAACAAUAAAUGAAAAUGAAUCAAAAAGAAAAGCUAGUGACGGUAAAUCUUUAAAUGAUCUAGACAAAUUAAAUAAUAUUUUAAAUAAAAGUGGGAAAUUAACAGAUGAAGAGAUAGAAUUAUUGAAAAAUAAACUGUCAUCUUCGAAAUAUAUAAUUAAAUCAAUGGAAAAUGAAUUAAUAAAUGUUAAAAAUAAAAUGAAACGUAUGUUCACUGAAAAAUCAAAAAACGUUAAGUUUCGGCAACUUAGAUUACGAUUAGAUGAAAGGAAAAAAGCGACUUCUAAAAUGUUGGACUAUCAGCGGCAAUUGUCGAAAAAAAUAAAACAAAAAUUAGGCAUUAGAGAUAAUUAAUGAAAUGAGUUAUUAAUUUAUUACUUAAAUUUUUAAAAACUGCACUGUAAAAAAUUCGCGGAGUGAAUGUGGAGUGAAUGAAUUUUUAAUUAUUUACUCCCCUCGGAGUGAAAUUCACUCCGGAGGGAGUUUUGAAAAUAUUAUUAAUAAAA